AAAAAGGUUCGCGUAACUAAACUUAAACUAUAUGUAUAUUUGAGAAAUUUACGAGAAGUCUGCUUAAUUUUCACGAAAGAAAUUUUGCGUGUGAAUACAAAAAAUUAUCUGGAAAAAUUAUCGCGCUCGAGAAGUUUAUGAUGUAUGUACAUCGUUGAGUGCACGGAUUAAAAUUGCGUAGGCGACAUCGACGGAGGGAUAAAACAGGACGCAAAGCGGAACUUGGAUCAGAUUGGUGGCGGACAUCUCGUAAGGGAUACCGACAAGCAAUUCAAAGGUUUAUUAAAUGAAGAAGAGAGUCGUUUGAUUAAAUGUUUAAAUUCCGCCGGUGACAAGCAAAUACUUGACACAAUCUGUCGAGAGGAACUUUUUGCCAAUCGAUUUCGUAAUGGAAAUCUCAUUAAUUCUUUGAUCAAUUUUGUGGGAUAUGAAGAUAAAAUAAAUCAUCCAUUAAACAGCCUCGAUUUAAAUGCUGAUCAAGCAAAGAAUCAGUUAUUUAUGGAUCAACUUAUUCAUGCUGAUGUCUCAAACAACGCAGAGAAUGAUAGACAAAUUGUUAAAAAUCUAGAUCAGAUCGGUGGCAGGUAUUUUGUAAGAAAUCUAGAUCAAAUCGGUGGUGGACAUUUGGUUAGAAGCAUCAGCUAUCCAAACGCAGGGAUAAAACAGCGCAUUGGUCAGCCGCUGAGCUUCUCAGAGAAAAUGCACUUCACGCGAAAUCUGGAUCAUAUCGGAGGCGGAAAUCUCGUGAGAAAUUUAGAUCAGAUUGGAGGUAGAAAUUUUGUGCGAAACUUGGAUCAAAUUGGCGGAGGAAAUCUCGUGUGAGAAGCUUGAAUUGAAUUUUGCAGCAACGCCUAAUCAUGAUGGAUCAGUACAAGAUAAGAAAAGAAAUGAAGAUUGGCUAGAAGCGAUUAUAUUAAGGACGGAGAAAGGCUUUUAUUGAUUUUGAAUAUUACACGUAAUUUCUGUUGAGUUAUAGUUACCUGAUAUGUUAUAUAUAUAUAUGUUCUAUGUAAAGAGGAUCAGGAUCAGACAACUAUAUUUAAUAAA